GAUAUGAUGAUGAGAAAGUUUGGGAGGAGAGUGGGCGGUUAUCCUGACACGUGAAUGCUCCCAUAGGAGCAUAAUCCAUCCAUGCAUCCAUGUCCUCCAACUAUAGUGUGUUCUGGUCCUGGAGCCAGAGGAAAAGUGGAAGGGAGAGGAAUCAAGGGGCAGACUGAUUUUCACGGGGGCAGUAACUGGCCAGAGGAGCUUUAAGGGACUUCAAAGGCAGGAUAGGAAAAACUUGCCUGGACAUCGGAAUGUUUUUCUCCUAAUGUUGAUUUACCUCUUUCACAUAAAAACCCUGUUUAGUAAGUUUGACACACUUUAAAGCGCAAUGGCUGAGCCACUGAGUUUCAUGCAUCAUGAUCAUGGUUCCAGCAGCGAGCGGAGUAACGACUCACCGUCUGCCGUGUCUGAGGAUGACUCUAGCGGCCACUGCGGCCACAUCUCCCCGCCUGACCCAGACUGGACCGAGGAGAGGUUUCGAGUUGACCGCAAGAAACUAGAAACUAUGUUACUGGCAGCCAGUGAGGGGAGGAUAAAUGGAGGAGAGGAUUUUUUUCAGAAGGUCAUGGAUGAAACAAAUACUCAGAUUGCUUGGCCUUCCAAACUGAAGAUUGGAGCAAAGUCCAAAAAAGAUCCACAUAUUAAGGUCAGCGGAAAGAGGGAAGAUGUGAGAGACGCCAAAGAGAAAAUAAUGUCUGUUCUUGACACAAAGAGUAAUCGUGUGACCCUAAAGAUGGACGUAUCACACACAGAACACUCACAUGUUAUUGGGAAAGGAGGGAAUAACAUCAAACGUGUUAUGGAAGAGACGGGCUGUCACAUACACUUCCCUGACUCCAACAGGCACAGCCAGGGGGAAAAGAGCAACCAGGUGUCGAUAGCGGGGCAGCUGACUGGUGUAGAGGCAGCACGAGUUAAAAUACGGGAGCUGUUGCCGUUGAUGCUGAUGUUUGAAUGCAGUGGGGUGGUGCAGCAUGUGGACUGUAGCUCUUCUGUAGUUCAGCAUAUCUCCCACACUUGCAAUGUCUCCAUCUCCUUCAAACCACCCUCCCGUCUCUAUGGCAACACCGCCAUCGUCCGUGGCAACCAGAACAAUGCCAGUGGCGUUAAGCGUGGUACGGCUUUGUUAUUGGAGCACCUCGCUGGGACUUUGGCCGGCUCAGUGCUGGUCAGCACACAACUGGACAUCGCACCCCAGCACCACCACUUCCUUUUGGGCCGAAACGGAGCCAAUGUCAAGCACAUUAACCAGUGCACUGGAGCCCAUAUACACUUCCCCGAGCUCAACACACACACCAGCCGCUCUGCUGUCUACAUACAGGGCAGCAUUGAUGCCGUAUGUGCGGCUAGACAGCAGCUUAUGGGGUGUCUUCCGUUGGUGCUGCUGUUUGACAUUAAAGAGGAGACGGAGGUGGCAUCUCAGGUCAUCACUACACUUAUGGAGCAGCUAGACGUCUUCAUCAGUAUUAAACCCAAACCGAAACAACCCAGCAAGUCUGUGAUAGUGAAGAGUGUGGAAAGGAAUGCUGGGAGUAUGUAUGAGGUACGCAGGAUCCUGUUGGGGCUGGAGUCCAGCAGUGUGCCCUCUUCUAUCAACCAUGUCUCUGUUAAUGGACAUGCUCCUGCCUCCCCUCCCCUGAUUGGCUCCAUUGGACUGGACACCCUAGCUUCAGCUGAGCUGAGGCUAAGAACUCUGGCUGGUAUUCUAAGGUCUGUCAGCCCCAUUCCUAAUGGUUCCCCAAACCCAAACUGUGUUCUUAAUGGACACGGCUUGAGCAUUCAGAAAGGAGCAGUGAAGAACACGCAACACAUUCACACAUCUGCUCACACACAUUCACAUGCUCCUGGUCACACUGCUUCACUCUGGGCCAGUGCGCUUAGUUCAGCAGCUAACACGUCAGGGUUUUCCACAGAGCUGAUGUUGCAGUCAGUGUCUCAGACGACUCUCAGUGGUCUUCUGCUCUCUGGGGUCCAGAGUCAAGCACACACUCACACACCUUCCCCUCCACCUGGACUUCCACCAAUACACAAACCAGCCAAUGCAGAACAUCUCAACGGACAUCUCGCAAAUUCUGUGUACAGCCGAAUCUCCUCUGUGUCACUAAACCCCGCCCACAGUGACACAGCCCAGGAAGUCAUUGGACACUCCCAAUCUGAAUCCAUUUCUAAUAAAUCUACAGAUGAAGGCUCAGAUACGUUUGUUGAAGUGGGCAUGCCCAGAAGCCCAUCUCACUCAGCCAAUGGGAGUGAGCUGAAGCAAAUGCUGGCCUCUUGCACAGUGUCGUCAGGGAAACUUCUGCAGAGAACCAAGAACUCACUACUUCAUGUUGAGUGCGUGUUGGCCGAUUCUGAUUGUGAGAAUUCAAUGGCUGAUAAAAGAGCACCAGGAAGUGAGAGAGCUGCAGAAAGAAGACUUGGACCGCAUAUGCAGGCUUUUGACUAUGAGAAAAAGAAGCUACUGGCCACCAAAGCCAUGUUGAAGAAGCCGGUUGUGACAGAGAUUCGGACUCCCACAAAUACCUGGAGCGGAUUGGGCUUCUCUAAAUCAAUGCCAGCGGAGAGCAUGAAAGAGUUGCGCAGGGCACACCAUGUGCCUUAUAAACCCAGCAUGAGCACAACUUAUGAGGACUCUCAUCUCUCUGUGUCACACUCUGGUAGCCAGGAAGGUUUGGGUAAUGACACAAAAUCCGAUAAUUGGGGGGAUUUGAAUGGGAAUGUUAACAUCAAUAACGGACUGUCAGGAAAUUCUGAAUUUUCCCCUGCUGUCAGCAGCCCAAAGAGAAUCAAGAACAAAUCUUGUGAGCAGUAUCUCAGCAGCAGUAAUUAUAUGGACAGUAUCUCCAUGUCUGGCAGUAAUGGCUGCUCUCUCAGCUCCUCUCUCAAAGGAACAGAUCUCCCGGAGCUCUUCAGCAAACUUGGUCUCGGCAAAUAUACAGACAUCUUCCAGCAGCAGGAGAUUGAUCUGCAAACAUUUGUUACACUAACGGAUCCAGAUCUGAAGGAACUGGGAAUCUCAACAUUUGGUGCUCGCAGGAAAAUGUUACUGGCGAUCUCAGAGCUGAAUAAGAGCAGGAGGAAGCUUUUUGACUCGCCCAACAUUCGCUCUUCCUUCCUAGAAGGCGGGGCCAGUGGUCGUCUGUCGCGCCAAUUCCACUCUGACAUGGCGAGUGUCAGUGGUCGCUGGUGAUCUCUUACCUGUAGGAUUCUGGACCACAAACCACUUCAUACUGGACUCUGAUUGAUAUAGAAAGCCAAAAAGUGAUGCAGAUUCUUUUAGAUCUAAAAAAUGUGGUGGGGAUGUUAUUAAGGUUGCUUUUUGUCUGUGCCAAAAAAAUAAAUUAAGGGAAUAUAUUCAAUAUUGUUAAGAGAAUGUGCCCUUAAUAUGAUCUUGCAUUUACUCUGGGAGAACAGGCAAAGCACAGAGUUUAAAACUAACCAUACUGUCAGCAAGAGCGCUUCGGUAUUGGUGUCUAGCACUUUAAUCUUGUAAACUCUGCUGUUUUUGCAACUCGUCUGUCUUUUGUAAUGUUGGACUGUCCAGUGUUAAAGCCAAAUGUGUGCACUUAAUUUGCAGGUAAUUCCAGAUCACACACAAAGAUCAUCUGCUUGUAAUCACAACCAGCUGAUGCUUAUGUUGUUUACCAGACUGUGUACUAGACUUCAUGUUCAGUGUUUAAUUACUCAUUGGUCAUUGUGGUGGUAUUGUAUUGUAAUACAUUUUUUUUUAUAUAGUUUGUUUUCAUAUUUUAUGUUAAUCUUUUUAAAAGGCAUUAUCAGUUUACUUUUUUAUUUUUACAUUGUUUAUUGUUUAGUCUGAUUCAUCAGAACGCCGCACAGUCAUCUCAAACAGAUGUCAGUCAUUCUUUUGGUGUAAAUGAAGUCUUUGGUUUUCUGAAGAAUAGUAGGAUGUUAUAAAAUUCCCGUGAUUUGUUUAGGAAAAUCUGUUUAAUCAUUAUUUACAUAAACUUGUAGCACAAACAUCAAAUUUAAGCUGCAUUAGUACUUUUCAUGUCUAAGCCAUUUGAUGUUUGCAUGUAUAGCGGAAUUAGUUUCCUUUGUAUGUGCAAACAUGUUAUGUAUCUGGCAGGUGUUUUGUCAUGGUUUGUGUGUAUAAAUGUAUAUGUGUGUGUACUUGUCCUUAAAGCCAUAAAUGAAACUCAAGGGCUACCUUUGGUAAAUUGGAUUAUUCAAAACCUUGACCAGAUAUUACUUUUUUUUUUUUUUUUUUUUUUUUUUUUUUUAAGUUUUUGAUUUUUGUUCUGUUCUUUUCCAGCCAGAUUGUGUAUAUCAGUAGAAUUAUUCACAGUAAAAUCAGUGUUAGCAGAUUUUUUUUUUAAUUUGUUUACAUUUGCAUAAGGUUUGUAGUACAUUCAUGGUACAGCCUACAAAGAAGAAUGUAUAAUGCAUGGAAAGAGCUUUUUGAAAUAGAGCUUUUUGAAGUCAUCUGUUGUUAAAUACUUCAUAAGAAACCAUACUAAUCUGUUUUUAUAUGCUUUUGUUUUAUGAAAGGAAAAUAAUGACGUCUCUAAAAUAUUGCACAAAACACUUGUGGUACUCAUGUAUUAUUGCUCAGAGAUAAUAUUAAGUGCUUGAUUUUAGGUCCAAAGUGAAAAUCUCAUAACAUUCAUGUGCAAAAUAUGGACUAGAGAUUAAAUUUCUCACUAUAGUGGAACCAGUGUAUAUGGUUAGUGAGCAGGGUUUGUGAUCAAGGUUCAUUAUUAUUAUUAUUAUUUUUAUUUUUUUUUGCAUUUGACAAAUGUGUUCAUUCAGUUAUUUUCCACUUGUCACCUGAAAUAACUGUUUUAACAGUGUCAUUCAUUUUUUUUUAAUAUUAUUUCUUCUGAGGGAACAACUGUGUUCUGUUUUUUGGUUAUGCUACCUUCCUCCUGGACUGUUUUCAUUUUCUUUUGGAAGUGACACUGGCAUUUGCAUCAUGUGUAAGUCUUUGACAAAGGGAACAAUGUUCAUGAUUUUGCUUUGUGAAAAUGUUCUAUAAAUUCAAAUCGGUGUCUCCUAAAAUGGACAGAAGCCAUUUGCUGUCUGUGAUUCUGAGUGUUGCCAGAGUAUUUCUCUCUGAAAGUAACAGGAAAAAUGGGGAUUUAAAACAAAAGCAAAAGAACAAAAAAUAUUUGAAAUGUUCUUUUUGGUUUUGUUCUAGAAAAUAAAAGAAUGUUUGCAAGCAAAA